AUGUUAUCGUCUAUCCUUUUUUACCUCUUAAUACCUGCUGCCUUUAGCCAGUCGGGUGAAGAUGUGGUCCCUCAGAGAGCUAGUAUAUCUCCCUUUGAGGCCGCGGAUCUUGUCGGCAGCAUUACAGGAACGCUUUUUCUCGAGGAGAGAGAUAAUGGUCUUUUUAUUACGGGCCAGUUAAGCGAUGUACCACUUGGACAGCAUGGGAUCCAUGUUCACGAGAAUGGAGCAACUGGUAAUAGGUGUAUAGACGCAGGUGGCCACUACAACCCACUCGGCGUACUCCAUGGAGCGCCCACAGAUGAAGAACGUCACGUUGGUGACUGGGGCAACUUUGAUGCCAUCAGCGACCCUUAUCACUUGUCGAUAACAGAUCAUGUCGCCAAACUGCAAGGUCCUCUUAGCAUACUAGGUAGAUCGAUUGUUAUUCAUGAAGGCGAAGAUGAUCUUGGUAGAGGAAAUAACCCCAAUUCGAAGAUUAAUGGUAACUCAGGCCCACGGCUUGCCUGCGGUGUUAUUACAAGUGCGUAA